GGCCUUCACCUUUAGAUACGUCAAGGCAAGCCAAACUUCCCCACCGAUUACCAAUUUCCUUUGUGUAUUAUGAAGUAUCGAGACACCGCUGUGGAGGAUCGUACCUCAUGAAGUAAAGUACACAUAGCAGAUUUUCUGCCAUGAGGUCAACUCAAGAUGCCAUCCCUUCAUUACAUAACGCACGCAGUGACCCUCGCCGUUAUUGCCACACUAGUGAGGAAGUACCUACAGCUGAAGUUUGCUUAUGAAGAUCUGGAAAUAUAUUGCAAGCCUCACCAUGAAGACGAAACGGAAUUCCAGGACAAGGAACCGGAUCCCAUCCACCAUGGUUACCUGAAUAAAGAAGACAAACACAACCCUGUCCAUGCUACCGUGACAAAUAUACAUGACAACGGUACAAGACUAUGGUGUUCAGGCCAUGACAAAUCGUCAAGAAUUUGUAAAUUUGAAAAUUUGUGUUAUCAUCCCCAGAAGGAGGAUUUUGUAUUCCUGCAUGGUCCUGGGAGCUUUAUUGAAGGUGCCGACAUGAAGAGUGUCCACCAUGGAUUGUUAGACCUGUCUUCAGUUCAAGGUCACACCACUCACGUACUCAGAGCUGUGGAUGCCCCUUCUCGGAUCUUGAGGGAUACCGGCGUUCACUGGGUUGAAGAAGAGACGCUGGUGUUCAGUCGGUUUAAACCUGACAAUAUAAUGCACGUCAUCCAUGACGACAUCCUGCCUCUUCAUUACACGUUGCAGCUAGUGUCGCUUGGAAAAAAUAGCUCCAGUCACCAGGUACAGCUUGUGGUUCUUGACGGGUGGGAGAUGGGGGAGUUUGAAUCUAUUUAUUCACUAUUCACACCGUACGAGAUUCUAACAAAAGACAAAAUCAAUAUUCUGGGAGGAAUGGUCUGCUUCAGGAACGGCCACAUCGGAAUCUCUAAAAGGACCACUUGGUACCAGUAUGGCUUUGAUAAACCACAAGGUCCACUGGAAGGUUUGGAAGUAUCUAGUCAGCAUGUGCAUACUGCUGUCAAGUAUCUGUUGACUGAAUCUUCAGAACUGUGCCAAAUUUGCGGUUCUGGAGAAUACGUUGUACUAUUGUCCAGACGAUUAAACAGGCUGAUAUUAAACGAAGUAGAUUUAACGUUAGCUAUUGCUCGAGAAACUGGGUUGAAAGUGGUGGUAAUUGGGUUCGAAAGCCACUCUUUUGGCGAAAUGAUGAAAAUAGUCCACGGUUCUAGAGGUAUUAUUGGUAUGCAUGGUUCGUUGAUGAUUCUCGCAACAUUUCUGAAUCCUGGGAGUUUUAUAAUUGAAUUAUUUCCCUACGCUAUCAGCCCGGAAAACUAUACACCUUUUAAAACACUGGCGGGAAUACAUGGCAUGCAGCUUGUUUAUAAAACAUGGGCCAAUCAGAACCGUGAAGACACAAUCAUGCAUCCUGAUUGGCCCCCAGACCUUGGUGGGAUUCAUGACCUGCCCAAAGAGGAACAGGAGGACAUUAUUAACCAAUCAGAAAUCCCGUUACAUCUUUGCUGCGAGGAUCCAUCCUGGUUGUUUCACAUAUAUCAAGACACUAAAGUCGAUAUUCCUUCUAUAACUGAAAUGCUGAAGCAGUCUUUUUCUGAGAGCACAGCGAGAGUCGUAGCAAACAACCAACUCAUACCUUCUCCAGUGAGGCAGGUGGCGUGUGACGUCAGUUCCGUAGGACAAGGGGUUACGUUGUCAUGGAAACGUUCGUGGAAUGUGAUGUAUUUGGAUUAUAUAACACUGGAGUAUGAAAUAUGGCUGCAGAAUAGUGACACCGAGUCGACAGUGUCUCUCAUCGUCGGGAACGUCACCUCACACACUAUCUCAAAUUACGUGACUGAAGGGAUACUGUAUAAUGUGUGGGUUAGAAGCGUUCUAGACCAGGAAGUUGAAGGUCAAUUCAGUGAUGCAAUUAAAUGCCAUGUAUGAAAUUGU